UCAACUAUUAAUCAUCCGUGAUUAUGACGUGGCGCCUAACGACCAUCAUGUGUUAGCUAGCUACAGAGAGCCGUUCACUUGGUGCUUUUCGCAUACCCUUUGCUUCACUACUAGCCGAAGCAGUUCGAUCCCAUACAUCGUCUCCUCCACACCGAAUCACUGCAAUCUCUCUCAAAUUCUACUCAAUUUUAUUAGAUCUCAUCAUCCUUCAGCUCUAUUUCAAUUCUGACUUCUGAGUAAGUUAAAUUCGUGCUCCCAUCUCUCUUUCCCAGAUUUCACUCUUGUUUCUGGACUCAUUUCAAAGAUUUCAGUGAAAUGAAAAGGACCCAUCAAUGGAUUAGGUAUAAGUAAAGUUGGGUUUUGGUUCUAUUUGUUUUCUAGGGUUAUUUCAGAAUUUGGGUUCCCAAAGGUUGAACAAAGGAAUCCAUGAAAGAGACUAAUCCAGCAACUGAUCCUAUAGGCCAAACCUUGAUAAAGCUAAUAAGCAAUCUAUGUUUCUCAGUGUUUGUAUUCUCAGUUUUGAUAUUCACAGUUAUUGCUAUCACUUACCAGCCUCCAGAUCCAUGGCUGGAAUCAGCUCCUGCUCUUACUAAAUUCUUUACUCAGAGUGAAAAUGCCACUUUCAAAAUUGACAAUUCUAUCCUGAAAACGGGUGAGGAUUUACAAACUGUAUCAGCUCCUGGAGUGCCACCUGCUUUAGGGAUCGAACCGAUCACUGAGCAAGUGAUUGUGAAAUCUGAGGAGAAGGUCGCUAACAUGACAAUCCAAUCAUCUGGUUGUGAGGAUUUUCAGGUUGUGAAUUGCUCAGACUCGAGGAUUCUGAUAACAGUUGAGAAGUUUAAUUUGAAGCGGUUCAAGUCUAUUGUGUUUUUGGAAUAUCAAACUCCUGUUAAUGGGUCAAAGCCAGAUGAGUGUGAUGUGGCCUGGAGGUUUAGAAACAAAAAGGAGAAGUCGUGGAGAAAGUAUAGGGACUUUAGGAGGUUUGAAUUUGGAAUUGGGGAAAACUGUAUCUAUAAAAUUGUGCACGCAAGUGGUUGGCAUUCAGGCAUUAAUGCCCGGAGGCAAAGGAGUAGAGAUAACCCUACCAAGGGUGGUGGAAAUAAUCCGAAAAUUGCUUCAACAUUUCGAGAUGAGGAGAUAAAUGACACAAUCCCAAGCUUGGGAUCAGAGAUGAAUUUUAGAAAAGGGAAGUACCUGUAUUAUUCAAGAGGAGGGGAUUAUUGUAAGGGAAUGAAUCAUUAUAUGUGGAGUUUCUUGUGUGGGUUAGGGGAGGCAAUGUAUUUGAACAGGACUUUUGUGAUGGAUUUGAGCAUAUGCUUGGCUGGUAGUUAUAAUCCAAGUGGCAAGGAUGAGGAGGGGAAGGAUUUUCGGUAUUAUUUUGAUUUUGAGCAUCUUAAGGAGAUGGCAUCAAUCGUAGAAGAGAGUGAAUUUCUGAGAGAUUGGAAGAAAUGGGAUCGAGCCCAUAAGAAGAAAGUGCCAGUUAGGAAGGUUGUUACUCAUAAGAUGACACCGAUGCAACUGAGUAAAGAUAAGAGCACGAUUAUAUGGAGACAGUUUGAUGCUCCAGAGCCAGAAAAUUAUUGGUACAGAGUUUGUGAAGGGCAAGCUGCAAAGUACAUUCAGAGACCGUGGCAUGCGCUUUGGAAAUCAAAGAGAUUGAUGAAUAUAGUUACAGAGAUCAGUGGGCAGAUGGACUGGGAUUUUGAUGCAGUUCAUGUGGUUCGAGGAGAGAAAGCACAAAAUAAGGAGCUCUGGCCUCAUUUGGAUGCUGAUACUUCACCUGAUGCACUUGUUGUGAAGCUUCAAGGGAUGAUUCAGCCUUGGAGGAAUCUAUAUAUUGCAACCAACGAGCCAUUCUACAACUACUUUGAUAAAUUGAGAUCUCACUAUAAGGUUCAUUUGCUUGAUGAUUACAACGCAUUGUGGGGAAACACGAGUGAUUGGUAUAAUGAGACAUUGCUUUUAAAUAAUGGACGGCCAGUUGAGUUUGAUGGAUACAUGAGAGUUGCAGUGGACACUGAGGUUCUUUACAGGGCAAAGACCCGUGUGGAAACAUUUUAUAAUUUGACCAGUGACUGCAAGGAUGGGAUCAAUACAUGCUGAAAAGGUAAUAUUAGAACUCAUGUUCAAAUAUCGGAGGUGUAUUGUCAGUGAUUCAAGUUGGAGCUGUAUUGGAAUAGAAAGCAAAUGACAAGUUGGAGCUGUAUUAGUAUAGAAAUCAAAUGAAAAAGUUUUCUCCAUUUAUUUUUCUGCGAGGUUGGUGAUAUUAUUGAGAGGAUUUCCUCUUCUAUCAAGUCUCACUCAAGAUCACUACUUGCACACACUUUUCACAUACCAAAUAUAAACACCUGUUGUUUGAAAUCACAAAUAUUGGAUCACAAUGACAGCUUGCUUCAUAAAUAGCAUUAAUGCCUAUUUGACACAUAA